AUGCAGGAAAUCCUGGUUUCUAGUUCCCAGCGGGAGGGCUGGGCCCGGGCGGGCUGUGCCUCGCUGGGGCAGGGCGCGGUGUCCCUGUCCGCGGUGCUCUCCUGCCGCCGCGGCUUCUCCGGGACACGGGCGCGGACGCGCUCCGGGAGCCUGAGCCGCUGCAGAUCCGUGCGGCCGCGGCCCGCCGGCCAGAACCGCCUGGCCCGUGAAACAGAUGAAAUUGGAUUAAUACCGUGUCCUGAAGCCAGGUAUAACCGGAGUCCCAUUGUCCUGGUAGAAAACAAACUUGGUGUGGAGAGCUGGUGUGUGAAGUUUCUUUUACCAUAUGUCCACAAUAAACUUCUCCUCUACAGACAAAGAAAACAGUGGCUGAACAAAGAUGAGCUGAUAGACAUCACGUGUACCCUGCUACUGCUGAAUCCCGACUUCACCACUGCCUGGAAUGUUAGGAAAGAAUUAAUACAGUCUGGCACUUUAAAUCCACUUAAAGAUUUGCAUCUUGGAAAACUGGCGUUAACCAAGUUUCCAAAGAGUCCAGAAACAUGGAUUCAUAGACGAUGGGUGCUGCAACAACUAAUUCAGGAAAACUCAUUGCCCAGUCUUGCGACUAAAGGAAACUUGGGAGCAGCACCUGUGGAGAGAAUACACCGACUUGUGCAGGAGGAAAUGAAUGUCUGCUCCGAAGCUGCUGGGAGAUAUCCAAGCAACUACAAUGCCUGGUCCCAUCGCAUCUGGGUUUUACAGCAUUUGGCAAAGCUCACUGUCAAGGUUCUCCUCGAUGAACUUUCAUCCACUAAAUAUUGGGUAUCCAUGCAUGUCUCGGACCAUAGCGGAUUUCAUUACCGCCAGUUCUUACUCAAUUCCUUGAUACGCAGAACAGUGACUGACAAUAAUAUAUUGAUACAAAACCAGAUGGUAAAUGAACAAAAUCCUGGUCUUCAAAAGGAGGAAGAGAGUGCAGGGACAGAAGGUGCCUGUGCUGAGGAGCAAAGCGUGGAUCUCUCCCGCCGUUUAGACGAAGAGAUGGAGCUCUGCACUGAACUGAUUGAUAAUUACCCAGGACAUGAAACCUUAUGGUGUCAUAGAAGGUGUGUGUUCUACCUUCAACAGCACUUAAACAACAAACUUCCUCUCCUGAGUGCAGUGGUAUCAUCUGUGGACAGCAGUGAUGAAACUCUGAAUAAUUCCCACCACAGUCCUGCAGCAAGUCACAUGGCACAAGCUAUGGAUGUUGAUGGUUUGAAUGAAUGCAGCAACAAACAAGGUUAUACCCAAGAAACUAAACGCCUGAAGCGUGCUCCCAUGCAGGACUCUCUUGGUCCAGAAAUGGAAUACCGGUUUGUUGAUAAAGUAUUAUCGACUUGUAGGGAUGUGGACCAAGCCAGGUUUGCUACUGCUUAUAGAAAAUGGUUAGUGACUUUUUUAGGUCAGUGAAGGAAUCAUUUAAAGUUUUCAGGGUUCUUCUCUUAGUGCAAUAUUCUCUUUUCAGACACAAAUGCAUGUCUUGGUUGCAAGUGUUAGCUAACUCUGUGUUUCUCUUUUGAUGGUCAGUCCUAAUGUUCAAUUUCAGACUAGAAGUCUGUCACCUUAUUAAAAAAACUGGCAUACCUUUUUCUUAAGCAAAUGCAGUUURUUCCUUAAUCUUUUAAAGAAAUCACUCUUGUCAGCUUCCUGCCAUGACAUUUUCUUAGUUUUAACUUCUGCAUUAAGGUGGACUCUGAAUCAUUUGACUUAAAACAAAAAAGGAGGUUAAAGAAAAAAAGUUUGAAAUGCUUGUGAAACAGUGUGUGAAAAAAAGAAUGGGAGAAUCUGUCAGUAU